GCCUGGAGUUGGACCCCCUGUGUUAGUGGAUGUGAGGACAAUCAAAGCAGCCAGUCAGCCAAAGCUGAAGCAUUCCCUGCAUUCAGUAUGAGCCAUUAAAAAAACCUCAGGUGCAGUUUAACACGAGUCUGUGGAGACGGACUCAGUUUGGAGUCAACCUCAAGCAGCCAUCACAGGAACUGCAGGCGCGCGCGCGCCUCCGCCUUAUCUUAAUGCUUCCGCCUGCUUUUACGGACAGAGUGGUGCAUCCUGUUGGAUGUGGAGGAUCUUUUGCUCCGUCUGCGGCCACAGCUCCCAGCAGCGGAUCGCGGUGACAGAGAGUGUGUGUCUGUGUGUGUGAGAUGGGGAUUAUUCUCAUUUCACAGCAGAGGACAGAGGACGAGCAGCCUUUCUGGACACAACACCUCCCCCUCCUUCCUCCUCCUCUUUCUACAGCAACAUAGCCGAGGAUUAGAAGAAACGAAUACUUCAUCGGUGACAUUAACCAAAGCUUCGUCUGUUCACACGCUCACGCGGACGAAGAGGGGAGAUCAGCAGCAGAUCCCUCGGCUGUCAGACGCAGAGGAAUGAUAAUUAGAAAAAGAUUGACUCGGCAGCAAGAAGAGGAGAGGAUCCGGCCUGCAGCAGCAGCGAGGCGAGCAGAGGAAUACGUGAAGACGGAGAGCGAGAACAGAAGGAGGGAUUGAAGUGAUCGUAAUCUGGUGAAGAGGAAGAAGAAGAGAGCGAAACCUCGGAGCAUCAGCAGCACUUCUUUUUUUUUUUUUUUUUUUCUGAGAGAGAUGAUGGUGACAGUAGCGUCAGCGAAGGAGGGGAGAGAGGGAUGAGCUUGGAUCAAUAAUCCUCCCUCCUCCUCCACCUUCAUCCCUCCAUCACCUCUGCAGGAGCCGCUGAAACCUAAGGAUCCAGAAGUGCCAUCCAGCUGGAUUAUGGUGAUGACGGUGAAACCGAAAUGUCUCGCAGCGUUCGGGAAGAACACCAAUAUUUAACAUGACCUUUGACCUUUACCUAUCACCUCCUGUGACAGAGCAACUGCAGGAAGACAGGCUGAGGCCUGCUGGUGAGUCCAUGGACCAGGAGGAGGUGAAGCUCUGCUCUUCCAUGCUCAUUAGAAGAUGAUUUUCGACUGACGUUACACUUUUUGAUUUGCUGAGCUUUGAGUUGCGAACUUCGGUCCCAGGUCAUAUUAAUGAUGGCGAGUGUCUGAACUGAGCUAGCAUAACCAUCUGCUGACUGUGAGAUUUGGAAAAUCAGCACAUGGCUUCUGACCCCAGGAUUAUGAGACUCUGCAGGGAAGCCGAUGCUUAGUCAACUCACAGUUCACGGCUCCAGUGGACCGUUGGUGGAAAAAAUGACUAGUUUCACAAGAUCUCAAUAGACUGGAGUCAGCAAUGAUAACAUGCAAUAUCUUUAAUAGAGAGGGGCAAGCAAAUCCCCCGUCAGCUGUGCUUUCCACACCUGCUUCUGGGAAACUGAUGUUCUGAUGUGCUGUAUGGAGUGCAGAGUCCGGAUUCAACUGAUUCAUUGAAAAACAGGAAGUUUAACGGACCGUUCUGACUGUCGGCGAGACAAGGCAAUCUCGCACUCUAACCCGAUCGUUCUGGUUUUAACUGUCAUGGGUCUGAACCCCGGCAGGAGUACCUGACCGAACCAGGGAAUGGUCGGCAGCUCAAUAAAACUCUGUGUUUGGAGCACGCGAGGGCGAGGUCCAUCUUGAUCUCUGAUUCAGAACUCGAAGAAGAAAAAGUCCUCUCCCCCCCACUUACCUCUGGUGGGGGGGAGGGUGAAGGGUACUUUUGUUUUAAGGUUUAGGAUUUAUUUUUCACACAGUAGGCUUUAGGCUGUAGAGUUGGGCGACUCUGCUCUGCGUAACUUCAGAUCCGGUCCAAGUUCUUCUUUGCGUUCGGCCAGUUUGAGGGAGUUGUAUCCUCGGCCCUGUGGCUUAUUUGUGUCACCACUCUUUGAGUUAGCCUUUGGCUCUGCACUAGCAGUAGCUGUGACUCAGGCAGCAUUUCAUCCGGUGCGGAAGUUUAGCAUUUAGACUCAGUGCUGCCUUGAAUUGUAUUACCUGGAUCUAAACAACUGUGACAGCAUUUAGGCUAAAAGUGACCGUUGUCCACUGGGCAUUUCCAUAGCCGUUUUUCUUUUUUGUUUUGUUAGCCUGAGGUUUCCUAGCCAUUAGCUUGAGUGCUACCUUUCAGACCUAUUAGUCAUGGAUGCUAAUCAGGGCCCAGGCCAGGGCAGUCCAGAAAGCCCUAACCGGGCCGUGGAGUAUCUUCUUGAACUCAACAACAUCAUUGAAAGCCAGCAGAAACUUUUAGAAACGCAGCGGCGCCGAAUUGAGGAGUUGGAGGUCCAGCUGGACCGGCUCAGCCAAGAGAACAAGGACCUCCGUUUGGACCGGCAGCCCGUCGCUCCUCCCCCACCUGCGCCUCCUCCCGAGCCUCCUCUCCCUCCUCCUCCGCCACCACCGCCGCCGGCUCAGACCACAUCGGCUUCCAUUUCCACAAAGAAUCACCAUCACCACAACAGCCAGCACCAGGCUCCGGCACAGCCUCCCUGCUCCAUCCCCCUCCACCACCAGCAUCAUCAGGUGCACCACCACUCCUCCACCCACCACUCCCACUCCUAUAAUAGCACCAACAGCACUGCUCCGACUCCAAUUCCAGUUCCCUCUCCAACCUGCGCCCCAACACCUCACUCUGUACUGACCCAAAUUUCAGCUCCGAUCUCCUCUUCAGCCCCGGCUGCUCCUCCCCCACCUCCGAUUCCACCCAGGGAUCAGCCGCGAGCCCACAGCCGGCUGACUCGCAUGCCCUCCACCAGCACUGGCACCAACACCAACUUCGUGGAGAAAGAGAAGGAAAGGCUGGAGCGCCUGCAUAGAGCCAACGCUGCCAACAACCAUCACGCCCACACCCUCCACCACCACAAAUUGUCUUAUUCCUCCUCCACCACCUGUUCUACUACCACCACUUCUUGUCGUUCCUCCAACAACCCUACUAGCAUCACCACUCCUUCCUCCACCUCCUCCUCCUCCUCCUCUCUCUACUCCUCCAGCCUACCUCCUAACAGCCACGCCACCUACCAUCAGUACUGCUGUCCCGCGCGCCUCCGCCUGCCCAAGCCUCCCUGCGCCCUGCCCCCCGCCAAGCACCACGAGCAGGCAAGUGUGGAGGGCGACUCUCAGUGUCCAGAGGCACUCACCUUUUCUGAUUCAUCCUUUGGCCAUCCACCUCCCUUCCAUCGCUAUAGCAACAGCCCCCUCUCCAGCCCCUGUGACCCCUACGGCUCUCCCUCCUCCGGUGGGCCCCUGGGAGCCUCCCACACACAUACACAGGGCAGCUCACCCAUCUCGCCCCCCAGCCCAGCGAGCCUCGCCUGGGCUCAGCGCAGCCGACACCAGCCAGCCAGCCUGGCGCUCCGCAAGCAAGAGGAGGAGGAGAGCAAACGCUGCAAGGCUCUAUCUGACAGCUAUGAGCUCUCUACAGACCUCCAGGACAAGAAGGUGGAGAUGCUUGAGAGGAAGUACGGGGGCCCGUUCGUGUCCCGGCGGGCAGCGAAGACGAUCCAGACGGCGUUCAGGCAGUAUCGCAUGAACAAGAACUUUGAGAGGCUUCGCAGCUCCGCCUCAGAGAGCAGGAUGACCCGCCGCAUCAUCCUGUCCAACAUGAGGAUGCAGGUACACACACUCUCACACACACUUGUAAAAAAGCACAUAAUGAAACACACCAGGUUCUGCUCGGUUUGUUCUAAUGAUGCGUUGUUUCUUCGGUGGCUGCAGUACUCAUUUGAUGAGCGUCAACCACAGGGUCAGGGACCGCCAGGUCAGCAGGGCUCAGAGGACGCCGGAGAUGUGGACGACUCCUUCUCUAAGCAGGUUAAGUCCUUGGCAGACUCCAUGGACGACUCCCUCACCUGCCAGUCCGGCCGUGAAGACUCACAGGAAGCGGGAGGAGAUGGAGAGGAGGACGAUGACGAGGACGAAGAGGAGGGCGAUGAGGAGGAAGAAGAGGAGGAGGAAGAAGGGGAAGAGGACGAGGAGGAAGACGAGGAGGAAGACUACAGACAGUGUGCGUGGCGCAACAGCACGACAUCUUCCCGACGUGCUGCGGGCCGGACGGGGGGAGGAGGGGGGAGGGCGGGGGCAGGAGGAGGUGCCUCCAUGCAUGAGGACAGCACCGCUACCUCCUUCAGUGAUGUCACCCUGUACAUGGAUGAAGGCUGCCUCCCCUCCUCGCCGCUGUCCCGUCCCGCCUCCAGCUCUGAUACAGAGUACUGGGGAGGAGGGGGAGGAGGAAGUGCAGGGGGGAGAGAAGACAGCAGGGAGACGGAGGGAGGCAGCAACACGAGCCGGAGGAGCAGCACCCCCUGCACAGAGUGUCGGGGCGAGUACAGAGGCAGGGGUGGAGGAGGAGGACAUCUCCCCGUCCUGACCAUCGAACCGCCCAGCGACAGCUCAGUGGACAUGAGCGACAGGUCAGAGCGAGGGUCUAUCGGACGCCUGGUGUACGAACAGGAGCCGUCAGGAGUCGAGCGGGGAGGAAGUGGGGAGAGGGAUAGGAGGGGGGGAGGAGUGGAAGGUGAAAGCGGAGAAGAUGAGCGAGGAGGAGGAGGCGGAGGAAGCAGCGAAGCCGAAUCUCCGCAGGGAACCAUCAAACACAAACCCAACGGCCGCUCGGUCGCCACGGCGCAGGGACAGACUCGCAGCCCCUCCAACGUCCCCCUGCCGAUGCCUUCGGCCCGCACCCUGCCCUCGCACCCGCUCCCUCACCCACUCCAGCACCCCCACCCUCACCCUUCACCCAUCCCCCACCUCCCCACCAUCCUCGACCACCACCCUCAGUACACCCAGCAUCACAUGAUGCACAUGCACCACGGACACGGCGGCAGCCCUUACAUGCAGCACGCUCACCACUUCGCCCAGCACCACUACCACCACCUGCACCAUCAACACCACCACCUCCCUCACGCUUACCCCGAACCCCCUUCUUCCCCGCUGCCAUCUCCCGUACCGCCCCUCACACCUCUCUCCCCCCUGCCACCGCUGACGCCCUCGCCGCUGUCCUCGUCCUCCUCUGCGCUCCAAAGCAUGGAGGCGCAGCAGCACCACGCUCACCACCCCCACCUCCACCACCACCACCUGCUCUGCUCUGAUGGAGACAACGAGAGCGUCAACUCCACCACCACCAACUCCAACGAUGACACAACGGUCAACAACUGCAGCUCCGGCUCCUCGUCCCGCGACAGCCUCCGGGAGCCAAUCGGAGGAGCUGCGCUGGGAAAGCAGACCUAUCAAAGGGAGAGCCGUCAUAGCUGGGACUCACCUGCGUUCAACAACGACGUGGUGCAGCGGCGGCAGUACCGCAUUGGACUCAACUUAUUCAACAAGAAGCCAGAGAAGGGGAUCCAGUACCUGAUCGAGAGGGGGUUUGUGUCAGACACGCCAGUGGGCAUCGCCCGCUUCAUCCUGGAGAGGAAAGGCCUGAGCAGGCAGAUGAUCGGAGAGUUUCUGGGAAGCCGGCAGCAGUUCAACAAAGACGUCCUUGACUGUGUCCUGGAUGAGAUGGAUUUCUCAGGGAUGGAUCUGGACGACGCUCUGAGGAAGUUCCAAGCUCAGAUCAAAGUUCAGGGUGAAGCCCAGCGGGUGGAGCGGCUGGUGGAGGCCUUCAGUCAGCGAUACUGCGUUUGUAACCCGGUGCUGAUCCGGCAGUUCCAGAAUCCAGACACCAUCUUUAUCCUGGCCUUUGCCAUCAUCCUCCUCAACACAGACAUGUACAGCCCCAACGUGAAGCCGGAGAGGAAGAUGAAGCUCGAGGACUUCAUCAAGAACCUGCGUGGUGUCGAUAAUGGUCAAGACAUUCCCCGGGACCUGCUGGUGGCGAUCUAUGGAAGAAUCCAGAAGUGGGAGCUUAGGACAAACGAUGACCACGUGUCCCAGGUCCAGGCGGUGGAGAGGAUGGUGGUCGGCAAGAAACCCGUGCUGUCGCUGCCUCAUCGCAGGUUGGUGUGCUGCUGUCAGCUGUUCGAGGUUCCCGAUCCAAACAGAGCUCAGAGGAGCGGCGUCCACCAGAGAGAAGUCUUCCUGUUCAACGACCUGCUUAUGGUGACAAAGAUCUUCCAAAAGAAGAAGACUUCUGUGACGUACAGCUUCAGACAAUCGUUUCCUCUGGUCGACAUGCAGGUCCACACUUUCCAAAACACCUAUUAUCCUCACGGUAUCCGGCUGACGUCCGCGAACCCCGGAGGAGAGAGGAAGGUUCUGAUCGUCUUCAACGCUCCGAGCCAGCAGGACCGGGCACGCUUCACCUCUGACCUCCGAGAGAGCAUCGCAGAGGUCCAGGAAAUGGAGAAGUACAGGGUGGAGUCUGAGCUCGAGAAGCAGAAAGGCGUCAUGCGUCCUGGCGUGUUGACAGGGGGAGGACCGGGAGGCAUGGGCACUCAAGGAGGCGGGGCAAACAGCGGUGGAGGAACCUUAAAGAGUGAGGUGGUGAACGGUACCCUGGGAAGGCCGAGCCUCGACGACACGUACGCAACAGUGGACGGACUCAAGCGCACGGCACUCAGCUCGUCGCUCAGAGACCUCUCAGAGACAGGGAAGCGGGGUCGUAGGAACAGUGUGGGGUCACUGGACAGUACCAUCGAAGGUUCCAUUAUUAGCAGCCCCCGGCCUCACCAGCAGCGCCCUCUGCCUGAUGGAGGUCUUUCCUACAGCCCUAUCAUGGUUCCUACAUCUCCAGCAGCCUACCGGCCACACCGCCCUACUCAGAGCCCCGGUACGGGGGUGGGGGGUGGGCCGGGGCUCUGUCACAACCAGGGAGGGGUCACCACCUCCCCACUCGCGAGCGGGGGAGGGGUUGGGGGCGGCGGAGGGAUGCCGGCAGGGGGCGGACCGACUGGCGGAGGCCGACUAGGGAAUUUCUUCGGCAGUCGCAGAGGCAAAGUUCCUGGUCCCCUGACGAUGACCUCACCCCCUCCACAGGGUCCGCCGAGUCCCCUGAUGAUAUCAUCACCCCCCCACUACCCCGCCCCCGCGCCUCCCAUCCCCACCCAUCCUCCCCUUCCCCAUGCCCCUCCCCAUCGCCCAACCUCGGGCAGUCGGACUCGGGAGGAGUUGGAGGGGGAGGCGGUACGGCAGGGGCACAAUCCAAGCUCCAAGCGUUGCACGCCCAGUAUUGCCACGCCAACAGUGGAGGAGGCGGAGUCAGUGUUACUGGGCACCAGCAGCAGCAGACACCGCCCCCACCUUACCAUCACCAUCACCGCUACCACAUGCAGAGCGUCCCGCAGCACCACGUCCUCUCGCACAGGUUCUCCGCACCCCGACGGCAAGGCCCGUCCGGCUGCGCUCCCUCUCAUACCCAGCAGCAUCAGAGGAUGCAACAUGUCAUCAUUCCGCACCCGCGCUACAACAUGGCGUCAGGCUUCACCACGCCGCCGCCGCUGUCCCCGCACUCCCCUGUCACCCCCAUUACCCCACACGGACUCUUCCACUCGCACCCCGCGGCGGGGAGGCCAGGUGGAGGGGCCAAGCUCCCGCUGACCAUCUCGCACUCGCAGCCCCACCCCCACGCUCACACACACUCUCACAACCACGCCGUGCACACACACUCCCCGCUCAGCCCGUCCCCGUCCGCCUCCCCCUCCACCCACUUCAUCUUCUCCACCCCGCCACCCCAGACUCCCUCAGCACGCCUCGUCACCCAGACGCCUCCGAAACCAUAUACCCCCCAGUACCCACCGCUUUCGUCCAUCCCGCCUCCCCCGCCGCAUUCACCCUUGCCUCCCCCGUCAACCGCCCCGCUCUCCCCGCACCCCCCGGGGGUGGGGGGAGGCCAAGGGGGCGGCCCCAAAUCCAAGCCCGUCAGCCGGAUCAGCACGGUCGUGUGAGGAGGCAGAAGUCUAGGACAGUGGCGCGUCACCCUGCAGUGAGCCGCCGGGGGGUGGUAGUGAGCAGGAGAGGGAGGAGGAGAGGUGGAGGAGGGGGAGGACAAAUGCAGCCGUAUGAAAGUGGACGCCUGGUGAGGAGGAGAACGGUGAGAGCGGGGAAGAGGAAACUUCUCAGCCUGUGUUAUUUCCACAUCCACUUCCCCCGCAGGUAGAAAGACGCACACACACUGACGGAUGCUUCUUACAGGGAGCAGAUCCUCCCAGAAAAAGCUGCUCGCGGAGCGAAAAGCAUCCAGAACGUGAAUCAUGCCGUUUUCAGUCACGUGAAGAUGAAGAAAAAACACCCACAUUGUCCCGAUGUCUUGGUGAAAACGUCCUCAUCUUCCCCCCGUAGUGCCCUUCAGAGGUGAGCUGGGAGGACAUAUUUGUAGUUCUUCAUCGACAGGGGAAGUGUUCGUGCCACAUCGUAGGAAUUUGUGUGCUGUCGUGGAAAAAAACGGUUCAGGGACCAGACGUGAAGGGAACAGUGCCUGAGAAUAUAUAUCCCAAGGAUUACGCCUGACAUAAUGUACAGAGAGCGGAGAACGAAGCGAGUCCGGGUCGCGUUUUCCAAAAAACACAGUCGUCUUACACCACCUUGUUUUCCGCACAAAAGCACUCUUGUUUUGGUUGUUGACAUAUUUACAAGCCAUGAGGCGUUACGGACAAGCAGAGGUGGUUAGCGUUAAUAUGGUGCAGUUUCUGUGUCUUAGACAGGCAUGCAUGACCUGUGCAAUAGCUAAUAAGUGUCAGUGUGACUGUGGUUAAACUUCUAUAUGCAGGGGGAGGGAGUUGUUGUGAUUUAAAGCCCCAAUCCAGCAUUUAUUUGGCCAUAAGAAGUGAAGAAUACGGAACACUUGACCGUCUAGGUGGACAAUAAACUUUCUAAAACCUUUAAAUAAGCCAUCAUAACAAACACUCCAGGUGUCUUUUUACCUUUGCAAAAAUAACUAAAAGCCUUUAGCGUCUGUGGAUUACAGGGUUUCAGCAGGGACUGCUACGCUGUUGUUUUGGAUUGGGACUUUAAAAAAAUUCCCAAUUAUUUCCUCAUGUAACGGGGAUUUAUUUGAUCAUUUGUGCUAAACCUGUGAAUGCUCUCCCUUGUUAUUAAGUGUAUAUGAAAGCAUAAGCCUGAAUUUGUCACAAAUUAUAAUAUACUCAGAUGAUAUAAUACUGCAGCUUUCAGCUGUACUUCAUGCUCCAUGUUGUAUGUGACCCUCUACGUUGCCACAGACGGAGAUUGGGCCCAAAGCUGCCGGACAGGGAGAUGAGAGCUGCGGUACCUAAACGAAGCGAUGUAACUGUUCAGGUUAAGUUAAAUAAGGUGUAACUCUCUCUCUAACUUAUCAUCUUAACAGAACUGGGUGGGAAAUUAAAGGCUUGAAUUUACUUUACGAAACCAACAUUUUGACGCAAGACUCGUUUAAUAAUUCUGAUAAUCAAGCUUCAUCACAACGUACCAAAAGUUUCAAAUGUUUCAUUUCUGUUGGUUCCUUUUUGUUUUGCUUCACAGCAGAACGUUGAUCACUGAUGAGGCUUCACUACAUUAUGUUAAACAUCUUCAGAUAAAGAUCCUUGAAAUCAGGAUUAGGAGACAGAGCCGUAAAGAAAAGAAAUACAAGUGAUGGUCUUUAGAUGCACAGACAGAUAUUAUUUAGAUUAUUUCAGGAGAGUACUUUUUUUAUUUUAAAUUACUGACAUCCCCUAAACUCAUCGCGUGCAGGUGAUCAUAAAGUUAUUGAUUUGAAAAGCUGGCAGCUAUGAACAGACUCAUGAUGUGUGAUUGUGUGUUUAACUGCAUGAGUGAGUGACUGAAGUCAUUUGUCACAACAAACCAAAGACGACAGUUAAACGAAAUUCAAUAAAACUCGCCAGGUUUCAUUUGUAAUAAACAAGAUUUAGACAAUCAGACUGGAUUUUUUAAACUAUCAGAACUUCCUCUUGUCCCGCUCUCUUUGUUACAACUCUUUAAAGGCACGUUUAAGGGUUAAGACUUUGCUUUAGCUUUGGCACUUAGCAGAAGAGGAGGCUUGGAAGAAUGUUUCAGUCACACUAGGGCAAAGACACUGUGGCACCACCACUUGUGACCUUGUUGCCUUUGAAGUGGUUGUUUCAAAGAUGGGGGCCAGGUCUCUAGCUGCCAUCGUCAGCGCAACUUUGGUGCAUCGAGACAUCGAUAAAAAUGCAAUAUGACGAGUUGGUCUGCUAUCGAUCUGCUGCCAGUCUGUGACUGAAUGAGGCGUUUACAUGCAAUCUGUUUGUGAUCAGUGCAAAUCUGCUGCCAUCGACAGACACAGAAGUUCACAUGAAAUCCUUACAGUCGAACCUCAUUGAUUUGAAACAGAAAUUCAGAAAUUCCUUCACAAGUAGUGACGUAGUGACGAUUUAACUCCAGAAUGACGCGGGUGUAGGAGCUUAACCAGAAUGCAACCGCCACCAGAGAUGCAGAAUAUGUACGCCUAUCAGGACAGGCUGACUCGGGCUGAUUAACAUGUCUCUGUACAAGCCUUCACCAGUCAGUCUGAACCGGACUGCAAUUGUUUGGAGACAGGUGGCCUCCCAUAAGGAGGUUGCAGUCCCAGUUUUAGUCCAGUGUGACGGAGUCAUAGAAUUAAAUAUAGCAACUCAGGUUAGUCUUUACUGAGGUUCAGACAAGUGGGUCAAAGGGUGUUUUUCCAAUAAACUUGAUACAGCCGGCCUUUGUUUUGUAACCAGACUAGUUGCCCUCUGACUGACUGCCGUCAGAAAUAAAUUGGAUUUAAGGCGCUUCAGCACCUACGCCUGUUUUCAUAUGUAAUGAGUAGAAAACACUGGUAACAAGGAGCAAGCUUUAUUCAAAUAAAUAAGAACCUACUCAUCCAGAUGAUCUCAGAUUCAUCUCUGCACUUACUUGGGUUCUCAGCAGUAGUUAGAAACUCUCUAUUAUUUUACUAAGAUAUAAAACAAUUGAGAAAAUAUGAUAAAUGGAAAAUAAGGGUUAAUUUCCCACCCAGUCCAAACUGCGUUAGCGUGUGAAAAACUCGGAGGGUGAAUCAACUUUAAUCCCAUUUGAUGUGUGGCAAAAUAGAGAAUAAGGUGCCUUCAGACAUAGUGAUGGUACAAUAUAAAUAAUAAUGUUCACAAAAGACCUCCAUGGAAUACAAAGACAGUUCAGCGUCUAAAUCAAUAAUAUAAUGAUUUGUGUCCAUUCAAAACAGCAAAUCGAAGCCAUUUACUGCAUUUUUUAAAAGUCUGGCUGAAGGACUGAGCCGCUCGUCGCCUUGUUCAUCCAACAAAGACACAAAGGAGCCUGAAACCUGGACCGAAUUUCAUUCGAAGGACUCGCUAACAUCUCACAGGACUGAAGUGCAGAACAUGUUUCCGUGUCACACCGAGUGAAAUCUUCUUGAACAAACUCAUUUUUACACAUUUUUGCACUUUGAGUUCAAAUCUACCAUGCCAGUAUUGAAGUGUAUUUCCUUUCUUCCUUUAAUCAGUCUCACCGGAUGUCAGGGCAGGAGGCCCGUGAUGGCUGGUAGAAAGUUCUUCCACCGCUUGAACGAUUUUACCAUCCAUUUGCAUUUUUUGACUAGAAAUGAAACUUUCAGUGUUGGUUGCUAGUCAGCCUCAUAUAAAUAUUUGCCAGAGUUUAACUGGUGGAUGAUGGGAAAUUCCUCUGAAUGCAAACAUUAACGACAUAUUUUUAGUCUCCCUGUGAUGACGUGAAUGCACCAACUGUAGAUAUUAACUGUACAGUGUGUUCUAUUUUCAGUGGGGCCAACAGCAUCAAUCUGUAACUGAGGUUCAGAAUUGUUUGAAUUAACAAAACGUGUGCUCUAAAAACCAAAGUUCAUCUGGGUUCUUCGGGCUAUUCGGGCUUCUUCGUGAGAACAGUAAAGCCCUUAGUGUGCGAGGUUUGUGGGAAUACAGUCACAUAUUGGAAUCGUUUGACGGCGUUCCUCAGGGAACCAUCUUGGGUUCCCUGUUGUUUUCAAUCUGAAGAACCCCUUUGACUUUUUAGAGCGUGCUACUGAUAUUAUUAUCAAUAUUGUUGUGUGGCAAGCUUCUACUAACAUACUGUACUCCUUGGGCUGUUUUGUAUUUUUAGCAUUUUUAAUUUUGUUAUGUGCUUAUAAUGUGAGAUUUUAUUUCUUUUCUGAUUUGGGCAUCUUAUGGAAGUAUUCAAUCCUUUUUAAUUUUAAUAUAUUUAAAAAAAACAAACAAUAAUGAUUUUCUGUAACUGACAUACAAGUUCUUCUAAUAUUUUGAUUAUAGACUGUGAUAAUUACUUUGACUCAACCCACAGCAUGCUCAAGCAAACACACGCCUGCACACUGAAUCAUCACAAAGCCUCUCUUCACUCUUUUAAUGGAAACAAGCAACACCUCUGCUAUCAAACAACAUUGAAAUUAACACUUCAUGUUGAGCUGCUAAGAAUUUUUGGACCGUAGGGCCAUAGCAUGCAUCUACAAUCACCUGCAGAAAGACUUUGUCUCUUUCUAAAGGCCUUACAGUGACCACGUCGACUCCAGACUAAAGCGGCAAACACCACAGAAACAUCAAAACAAAGUUCUCGAGGAGCACUGGAUCAAACCUACCUCGUAAGGGAAUACACAGCAUUUCACUCAGUCUCAGUGCAUGCCCAAGCACAUCCUCAGUAAACAUCCCAUCUUAAAGCUCCAUACCCCUCGUUUGCAUGUUUAUGAACUUCAAACCGUAUUUACUUUGUGUUACGGCGCUACCAUGUCGAGAUUUCUUACCUUCCUACGUCCACUGUUCGGUUUAAGUUUCACUUGCAUUGAACUUGACACUUGCUGCAGAUAAAUCAUCCAUCACUGGUAACAUCUAACAAGGAUCUAAGUCAGAGGUGUUAAAUGUAAGGCCCAGGGGCCAGACCAUUCCCACUGUAAUUACAUAAAAGAAACAGAGAAAUGAUUGUAAAGUUCCUGUUUUUUCACUUUCCGCUAUAGAAAUUUCAGUUGUUUGUUUGGGUUUGUUUUACAACAGGUCCACAGUAAAAAAAAAAGAAAUUUUAAAAAGUAUAUAUAUAUAUUUAAUAUAUAUAUAUAUACUACAGGCUGAUUACUGUCUAUUCGCCCCAUGGCAGGCAUGACUGGAAACAGCCUAUAAUAGUUACACUGCUGGACUGCUGUGUCAAACUUCACCUGCACGUGUCAGAUUAGAUUUCUCUUGUGUUUGCUAGAUUUUGCCUCCACUGCCUUAAACUGUGUGCUUUCUAAAUUCUUUCUAAAUUGCCACUUGGUCACCCAAACUGUGAGAACCCCAGAUUUAGUCUUUGUGGACCAAAACAGUAACCGGUGACAUAUAAACGUCCUGGCUUCCUGGCGAGCCGUUGCCCACCAUGUGCCAAGUGUCUGUGGGUUAGGGUUAGGCCAAAAUCUGCUUCCUCGUGUUUCAAGGCCACUUUUUUUGUUAGUUCUUGGAUUGCUUUGCUGCCAUCGGAGGCCGUCGGUGCAACGUUUUUGUCAGGUCGCUGUCAAUUCUUACACGCAAGAGAUAAGAACAAAACUCACUGUGGUUGAUUAGUUAUCUGCAGCAGGAUUCAAGUGUCUGUGAAGACAUGAACUUGCAGUCUGGGAGGACACAAAUCUGCUUAAACUGCGUCGGGACUCUUGUGAAAGUAAUUUACAGUAUAUCCAGUUUAAGAACAUGCAGAAAAAAAGCAGGUAUGGUCCUUUAAACGCUUAAAUUAGGUCUUUUUCUCCUGCCCGGGUCUGCUCUCCACUAUCGGUUUGCAUGUGGUAUUUAUUACAGUAUCUGCACUGAAUGAAACUGUAUUAUAACAUGAAUGUACAUAGCAGCCGUUAAAUGAAAAUAACAUUGCGAGUACUCACUUUGCUCAGUUUGUCUGUGGCUGGGUUUACAUCGGGAAUGGAAGGUCUGAUGUUUUUUAAACACCUGGAGAAACAGAUCUGGUCUGACUGCAGCAGGCAAACAGGGAACAUUUUUCAAGAUUCAAAGCACAUCAGAUCUGCUUCAAGUACAGUUAAAAAAUGUUGGAUGAUUCUGUUCCUGUGUAAAGACAGUCUGUGUUGUGUGCAUCUAUACAAUGGCGUUGGACGGGGGGCGUGUCCAAGCUGCUGGACCGCUUUCUGGAGAGGACAUAUUUCUUGUUUAUAAUGUAGAGCAAAGAGAGACUGGAAUAGUCCUUGUAAAAUUGUACGAGUAAAGUGUCAAAUAUGUGUCAACAGAGACAACAUUAUUUUAAAAAUUACGUAUGGAAAAUUUUAGCUGUGUAUAUAAAUAUAUAUUACUUGUACUUUGUUUUUGAAAUUGCAGAGAAAUGGAAGAAGUGGAACUAUUUAUUGCUCUAAAGAUAUAAAAAUCUGUUCAUGUGGAUGGAAA